AUAAAAUAAACUUAUGAAAAUUUACGUUGCUAUGGGAGACGCAAGAUGAGGCUGUUGCGUUGUGGCAACAGGUCAUAGUUACGGCGCCAUUCAGUUGCGAACGGACGUGCAAAAUUAUCUCUGCGAUAAAACUGAAAAAUGACAAUGAAACGACGACUUUCAAUGGAGGAUUCUUGUACAGAACUGGAUGCAAUGGCAAAAAAAAGGAAAAUCAGUCGAGGAAAGAAGGCCGAGAGGAAACAUCGUCCUCAUCGGUCCAUCGCCUCAUCCCAAGUCAGUCCUCAAAAUGAACAGUGUAUGUCUACAAAUACUAGUGACACAUUUCAUUGCCAUAGUGAGACUGCUGACAAAACAGUUACUGAGAACUUUGCUUGCCUCCAGAAAGUAUGUGAUGCAGACACUGUUAUUAGUGGUGUUCCUGUUUCGGGACCAUCUGCUGCUGACACAUCUUGUGCAGACACUCUCUCACACAUCGACUUUCUGGGAGAAUUCAAUGACUUGAGCAGUGUUUAUGCUCUAUCAGAACUGUCUUCAAAGGAUCCGCCUUACGAUGUUGUAAUGGAUGGCUCUUCGUUGUAUCUCGUGGGUCUGCAAAACCAGGUGUACAUAUCCAUGGUUCAACAGCCUUCCAGUUCAGAAGGACAAAUGUUCUGUACGGUGGAACAGGAUACUGGCCAUUUUCCUCAGCAUGGGGACAACUCCAACUGUUUGCAACAGUCCAAGUCUUUUCCUGAUAAAAUGAAGGAAAGGAUUGAGAACUGGUAUUAUGCAGACGUGGAUGUUGAUCGCAGAGAGGGUCAUCAAAUGGAGUACCCCUCUCACUUGCUGGAAUGGUCACAGCAAUUGAAAUUCAGCCAUGAGUGCAUGUGGGAGCUAGAAUACCACGAGCCGAACUACUGCACGUUCUGUUUCUAGAGAAGUGAUUCCUCGAGUGAUUCCUAGCGUGUUCAAAGACUGUGAUAGACAAUUUUGACUCUGCUGAGUCGAUCAAUGAUGUGAUCCAUUGACUCUCAAUUAUGGGAAACUAAUUUUAAUUUUUUGAUCAAAUCAUGCAUGUUUCACUAAUUUUGUCAGGUUUUAAAGCAUGAGGUACUC